AUGGACAAUUUUGAAGAAUAUCUUGGUGGACUUCUGGAGGAGAUCGAAGGACCUCCAACCCCCAUCCAACGACAGGAAAUGAUCGACAUCUCGAACUCACUUCGAGAAAUUCGCAGCCCAACUCCACUUGUGAAGUGGAUUGCCGAUAUGGCACUCUUCCGUCUCAACCGAGCACUGCCAGGCGCUCCGGGAGUCGAUUGA